CUUCUCACCCUAAUGAUCGUCUUGUCUCCGUUACAGAUGCUGGAGCCAUGGAGUUGAGCUGCAGUGAAGUACCGCUUUACGGGCAGAGGACGGUCUAUGCGAAGUUUGGCAGAAACGUUUAUCUUCCCGAAGACGCGGAGUUUUACUUUAUUUAUGACGGGUCGCAUCAGAGGCAUGUGGUGAUCGCUGAGCGCAUCGAGGAUAAUGUUCUCCAAUCCAGCAUUCCAGGCCACUGGCUUCAGGAGACGGUGAUGGUGUCCGUGUGCCUCUGCUCAGAAGGGUACUCCCCAGUGACCAUGGGCUCUGGCUCAGUGACCUACGUGGACAACAUGGCCUGCAGGCUGGCUCGUCUGCUGGUCACUCAGGCUGACCGUCUCACGGCCUGUAGUCACCAGACUCUGCUGACUCCGUUUGCCCUGACAGCAGACGCGCUGCCUGCCUUGGAUGAGGAGCUUGUGCUGGCUCUGACCCAACUGGAGCUGCCUUUAGGCUGGACAGUCCUGGGAAAUGCCUCACUUGAAGUAACUCUACGCAGAGAGUCCCUCCUGCACCUGGCUGUGAGAUGGGGCCUGCCUAAGCUGUUCCAUUUCCUCUUGUGUCUCCCUGGAGGAGUCAAGGCCUUGGAGCUGCCCAACGAAGAAGGCACCACACCAUCAGACUUAGCUUUGCACAGUGGAUACUCCACAUUGGUGGGAGACAUCCCAACUUUUCAGGAAAGGCGGUCCCCAGGCUGCUCCCGACUGCAUCUCAACGAGGAUGCCUCUCUGCAGUUCGUUCAUUCGUCAGAAACGUUGACUCUGACCGUCAACCAUACAUCUGAGCACUUGUUGGAGGCAGAUAUCAAACUCUUCCGGAAAUAUUUUUGGGACAGGGCCCUUCUUGUCAAGGCUCUUGAGCAAGAAGCCAAGACAGAGGAGAGAGCAACCAUGCCUUCAGGAGCUGCAGAAACCGAAGAAGAGGUUAAGAAUUUGGAGUCUGGCAGAUCACUGUUGGAGGAAGACGAUGCCAAGUGCAUCAAAAGCCGGGAGGAUGGACCGAAUGAACCCGAAGACCAGGACCGUCUAGAUUUGGGAGUUGAUGGGUAUAGAAUAGCGUGUGAACUCAUCCACGCCAGCGCACCAGACCUGCCAGAGUGGAUAGUUGAUAUCAACGUUGAGAAGAUGACAUUAAUGUCAAGUUCAGGAAUAAUGGCCUUGUUCUCUGCGGACAUGAUUGCAAACCGUGUCAUCUGUCACACGAUUGAGUCAUAA